CGCCACGUCACAGAAACAAGAAUUCUCAGCGCUUCAACAUGAGGAUCAAAACAAAACUUUGUCUUGUCAGUCACUGGACAAAUUUGAGUUUAUAGCCUGAUUCAUCUUGCCCUGUGUUCAAAUACUUACAGACGUAGAAACGUAAAGCCUUAGAAACGUAAAGGCUCUCCCAUUCUGUGGGCUGACGAAAUGGAAGGCGGACAGAAGCAGUACUCAGCAGCUCAAAGUUGUCUCACAGUCUGCUUUGAUGAAUAUAAUAUGUUUUUUUUUUUUUUAUUAUUAUUAUUUUUUUUUAAACACUAUUCUUCAUUGAAUAGUUUUGCCACUAGACAGACGGAAGAGGUAAAAGUGCAAGUUUCUUGUUUGUGCAAAGUGUCAUUCAGCCUUGUUUUUUGUCUAGGUUUUGUGUUUCUGCUGAGUAACCCCCUAUUUAGUGAAAAGGUUGGCCCGGGGCCCUGGAACGCAGGCGGAUUCUAAGCAGUGGGUGCAUUGCAGACUCCUCAGGAUUGCCCAGGGCCUUGGCAUGGGCCUGAGCUGACACUCUUGGACCUUCCCACCAAAGUAGUCCAAGGCUAUAUAUAUAUAUAUAUAUAUUUCAGUUUUGUAGUUGUUAAGAUUGAAUACUGUUGUUGGUACAGACCCUUUCAAAAAUACUUCAGUAUCCAUCCAUAUGUGUGGUGAACACCACAUAGAGCAUGUCAUUUACUGGUCACAUCAGAUUGCCAAAUUAUUAAGAUGUCUUGUUUGACUCAUCUUGUUGUCUGAAAAUGUUUGUGUGCGUGUGUUAAUUUGUUUUUAUUUUGCCAUUCUCCAACACGUCUUAAGAUACGUCAUCACAAGUUGAAGCAAACUUAAAAAAAAAACAGGUUUGGUGCUGGUGAAGAUGACAUUUAUUGUAUUGGUGAAUGGUUGUAUAUGAAAUGGACCUGUCCAUUUAGUUUAGUAAUUUAUGGUCGUAGGCAGUGGAAGGCAUCAAACAAAUACGAACAUAAUUUAUUUUAAAUACAACAAAUAACAUAAUCAUGCUCAACACGUGUGAUUUUUAUUCGAAGAAGCCCAUUAAAAGGAAAUAUUUGAAUUGAAUUAAGUGGUUAAUUAAAAUAUUGUAUUUUAGACAUCGUGCCAAGUCUUUACAUGAUAAUCCCAUCCUUUACAGAUCUCUCCAUAACACCAUAAUGGAUUCUGCAUAAUUCUGUAUGGUAAACUCAAUUGAUUUGGCGGAAAUGCAAACGUAUUGUAUCGAGCUGCAACCUAUAUCCGGAGUUAUGGUCACAAAUUAUGUUUGCAAACUGGCUAAAAUCAACUAAAAUGUAUUGUUUUGGGUCAAUCCCAAAAUUCAGCCCUGAUUGGUCAAAAGAAAAGCACGUGAAAAGAGAGUCACGCGCUUUCCAGGAACCCGUCAGGAAGAAGAUAAACAAAACAAACCAGAGAGGAAGGCAGCGUGGACUCAGAAGAAAUGAUAGAAAGUUCGUUUAAAGACGGUCAAAUACGGAGAUAAACCUCAUUACGAUAUCCAUAUGGGUGUUUUAAAGCAACCAGACAACGGAAGAAGACCGCACAGCCAUAUCUAAAUGAGCUGUUAGGCCUCCGGAUUAGAAGAGCGGAGACAAAAAAGGACUUUAUUUACCACCCAGAAACCAAUUUUCUGCUGGAGUUUCGCAAAAGGAAAGGAAAAAAACAAGCAGAGAGGAGUGGGUUACGAGUGGCAGCAGAAAAGUUUCCGAUAAGGAACUGGCGAUCUGUGCUUGGCAAUGCCUCAGCCCAGCAUCACUGGGAUGGACCCUUCCUUUGGGGAUGCCUUUCAGAACUACACUUUUGCUGACCAGGCGCUGACUAGCACAGAUCUAUUGGCCAACAGCUCUGAUCCUGACUUUAUGUACGAACUGGACAGGGACAUGACGUGCCGGCAGAGCCCCAAGGGCGACGCGCAGGGUGUGGGCGAGUGCCGGGAGCCGGAGGGCAUGGAGCCAAUGGCUGAGCUAGGCGAGAGCAGCGAGCUGGCCUACAGCUCCAACUUCGAGCAGUGGGACAACUACUGGGAGGACCUGACCAAGUACACGCGGCUGACCAGCUGCGACAUCUGGGGCACCAAGGAGGUGGACUUCCUGGGUCUGGACGAUUUCUCCAGCCCCUACCAGGACGAGGAUGUGAUCAGCCGGACGCCCACGCUGGCGCAGCUGAACAGCGAGGACUCGCAGCCCGUCUGCGACACGCUGUACCACCCUGACCUGCUGCAGACGGGGUCCAAGCAGCCCAUGUCCCUGCCCUCCCUCUCCGCCUCGCAGGGCAAGAAGGUCGGGCGCCCACCCAUGGCCUCCCUGUCCUAUUCCUCCUCCCCGUCCGCUGGCUCCGCCAGCCAGAACCUGCUUCCGGACUUUCCCGAAGGCUCCCAGAAGGCCACCUGGCCUGUGGCUUCGAGCACAGAGACCAUGGCCAAAGCGCAUCUGACCUUUUCCAAGGCACCCAUCCUGACUGCGCUGGAAGGUGGCGUCAGCAGCGUGAUGGGCGGGAUCGGCGGUGGCAGUGAAUUUGUGCGCAAGGCCAAGGUGCGCGUCAGCGGCCCCUACCAGUUCACUGGGAGGCUCCCUGACCCGCAGGCAAGCGCGUCGCCCUCCAGCUCCUGCUCGCUCGUGGAACUCCCUAAAGGGGCCACCGCAACCAGUAGCCAGGCAGCCCAGCGCCCCGGAGCCAGCAGGGCCGCCACCCUGGCCUCGCUCUCUGGCCCUCCGCCCGCCACGGGGGACAGGAAAGUAGCCGCAGAGGGCUCCAUCAAGCACGAGGUGCCCGGGGGCACAGAGAUGGGCACCUCCAGCGGUGUGCCUACCAAGCUUCAAUUCUCUGCCAUGCCAGGGGCCAGCGAGAGCCUCCUGCCCGUGGUCGGCGUGGCAGUCGUUGACACAGCGAUGACGGUGGCGGAAGCUGCAGCGACGACGGCGGCAGCAGGGGAUAAGAACAAGGAGGAGGAGCACAACUACUCGCUGUUCCUCACCAGGGCCAGGCUGGCAGGCAAACCACUGGUAGAGGAAGAGGAACCGGAAGAGGAACCGGAUGAGGAAGAGGAGGAUGAAGAGGAAGGAGAGGAAGGAGAGGAGGAGGAUGAUGAGGGAGGCCUGGAGCUGGACGACGAAGACCACGAUGAAGGGUUCGGCAGCGAGCAUGAGCUCUCAGAGAACGACGACGAUGAUGAGGAUGAGGAUGAAGACUACGAGGGUGACAAAGAUGAUAUCAGCGACGCCUUCUCUGAGCCAGGCUGUGAUGCUGAUAUGGUAGAGGACGUGAAGGGGCUGACAGCAGGCCUUUCCCGUAAGAGGGGGAAGCGCCGCUACUUCUGGGAGUACAGCGAGCAGCUCACGCCCUCCAAGCAGGAGCGCAUGCUCAAGCCCUCUGAGUGGGACAGAGAGACCCUGCCCAGCAACAUGUACCAGAAGAACGGCCUGCAUCAGGGCAAGUACACUCUGAAGAAGUCCCGACGGACUGACGUUGAGGACCUGACUCCGAACCCUCGUAAGCUCCUCCAGAUCGGCAACGAGCUGCGGAAGCUGAACAAGGUCAUCAGUGACCUGACGCCCGUCAGCGAGCUUCCCCUCACUGCCCGACCACGCUCCCGCAAGGAGAAAAACAAGCUGGCCUCCAGGGCUUGCAGGCUGAAGAAGAAAGCCCAGUAUGAGGCCAACAAGGUCAAGCUGUGGGGACUUGGCAGUGAAUACGAUCGAUUGCUGUUUGUGAUUAAUGCCAUCAAGGAAGAAAUUGUGAGCAGAGUCCAGGAUCCGUCAGACGACAAGGGAACAAAUAUGGCCGAUAAGCUCGACAAACUCAUUGAGGAGACAUUGGUGAAGUCACCAGUUGCCGGGCAGACGUCAGACUUCGUGAAUCAGAUUCUGGAGACCACUGGCCGGGGCGACCCCACCGGAGGCCUGGUCGGCCUGCGUGUGCCCACGUCGAAAGUGUAGAGGUCCCCCCCCCCUGCUGGGCACAGAAACUCGAAAAGCCAUCUGCACCAUUCUCCUCUUCGCUCCGUAUCAGCCCGUUGUCUGCAUGACCUCCUGACCUGGAAAUGCAUCCUAUCUCCCCCAACCCCUCCGCACCCCUGCGGCCUCAGCGGCCCCUAUCAGUACAUACUUGCCAGCCCUGGUAUCUAGUAUGUAUUUACGCACUCAAUGCACAUAUAUAUGUAUAUACACACACACACACACACACACACAUACAGAACCGUGAUCGUAGUCCCUGCACUCGGUAGUCUUUCUCCAACCAUUUCUGCAUGUGCUGGUAAAAAAACAAAAACAAAAACAAAACCAAACCUGUUUGCAAAGGCCACCAUUUAAAGCCAAUAUACAAGAUACCUCCCGUGAAGAAUUUCUUUUUUACAUUUUCUUUCCUUUUUGUUUGGAAAGUUUCUCUAAAAAGAAAAAAAAAUGACACAAGCAAAAUAAUCUGAUCUUGUAUUUUCUAUGGCCUCCAAAUAGGGGCCUGAGUGAUGCUCCACUACUAGCACGGGAAAGCAGGUGCAGAUUGUCACUUGUACCGAAGAAACACACCUGCAAAUUGCCCGUGUUCGUUUAAGAGUGACCACAGCCCUCCGCUUUCCCAUUCUAGUACAAUAGCUUCGACAGGUGAUCCCUUGCAAACUACAUGAGAGGCAAUGGAAAGAAAAUCAAAAGAAAACAAAAAAGUGUGAAAAAAAAUGAAAGAGAAGCACCUUUUCUAAACAAAGUCUGUGAUGCACUCGGAGGAGUAUAGCUCUGAUGAGUUCUCAUUGUGUGUGGGAGAGAUCUGUAGAGUCGUCAAAAGGGGCUUGAUAAUUCUGUUCCUUUAUGCCGUGGCUGUUUAUAGUUCCUUUUCCCUCCACAGAGCUGAGUUUCUAAAACGAGCUUAAACAGAUGUAAAAACCCAAUUCUAUACAAAGGGAGGGGCGGGGUGGGCGUAGUUGUUCUAACUGUAAACUAGAUGGAGAAACAUAUGGACAACCCUUUUUCCUUUGCUCUUUCUGGUAGAAGUGUCGUCACAUGAUCGGAGGGAGAACACACACCCCAGGCUAUAUUGGCAGGGUGCCAGUAAGAGGCUAGAGGGAGAGUGAGGGGGCAGGAUUUGGGGCUAAUAUAGGGCAGGGUGGGCUGGGGAUGGGGGUGGGGAUGGGCAUGGGGGUGGGGUUGGUGAGUUGUUCACACAGUGUUGGAGAUUCCUUAGAGGGGUGUGUGUGUGAUCUUAUUUGUACUGAAUAACAGAUUCAUUGUGCCUUGUAGUUAAAAUGAGCUGAUUUCAGUCGUCCUAGUGGAGAGCUGUCGUGGACCAUUUUUAUCUUGGAGGGGUGGUGGCAGAGAUGCAAGCAGGCUCCCGUCAGAGGACUUGUGACGCAUCUCUGCUCUUUAAAGCUAUUCUGAAUGUACAUAGGAGCAUGGGAAACGCAGAUAUAUGCCACAGAGUCGUACCAUAAGAUGUUCAAUAAGAUACAUUUACUUUUACUCUUUUUUUUUUUUUUUUGGUACUUUGAAAAGGGGUGUGGGCGGGGAGGCGUGUGGGGGGCUCUUUUAAAGAUAAAUAUUCGUAUAUUAAAUAUAUAAAAAAAAAUAUUUGCACACUAUAUUUUGAUUGCUUUUUUUUGUACCAAAGACACAUGCAACGAUAUAUGGCUACUAGCCAGACUAAGAAAGGUUUUGCACAGCUUACCUGACACCGUAUUGAAUGUAGGAAAAGUGACUGGGGUCAGGGAUUUUCAAUGAACUGUGAAAUUUGCUUGGGUCCAAUUAUCAACAGAAAGAAGCAUUCACGUGCAGGGGCGUAGUGUACUCCUGUACUGUUAGCGUGGAAGUCGAUUAAUUGCAGUGGAGGCACUUAUGUUGAGUUGAUUCCUGCAGUUCAUUUUCCCAUUACGUACAUUUUAAAUUUUUUUUGCUUUAGUGCUUAGCAAAGCAUUUAAAUAUUUAGAAGAAUUAAGUAACCUUUAUAUUAGCUUUAUUUUUGCCUAUGUUGUGUAAUUAUAAAUAACCAAAAGGUUUAUUAUGUUUUGUAGUUUUAUUAUUUGUAGAUUAGUAUACAAAUCCGUGUAUAUGACACAUACAUAUAUAUAUACAUAUAUAUAUAUAUAUAUAUAUGUACUUGUCUUGUGUCUCUAGUACUGUAUUCAUCCAUUCACAAAAACCACACAAGAAUUCUAAAAUGCCACUUUACCAAGCUUGCCACAUCAGAGGAAAUUGGAAGGAAAAAGUAUAUAAUGUAAAAAAGUCUGUAUAUUUUUUUAACUGAUUGCCUUGAGUCUUUCUGAUUGGGUUGCAGAAAAGACUGUUUUUGGUCUUUUUAUCCUCAAUGCGUAUAUCUCAGAACAUAGGAAGCCUUCAGCACUCCCUCUGUGAAUAGGUCACCUUUAGUUUGAUGCUUGACGAACUGAGAAUUAUAUGAUUUUAUCACUUGGAGACCUACUUGCUUGAGCCCUCCAUAAAUCCUGUCGUAAAUCUCACCUGAACAGCCUGCUCGAUCUGAAAUGCUGUACAUAAAUAUUGUGUUUUAGCCUCUGUUUAUAGUGUGUCUUUAAUAUGUACUACUCAGAUUAUUGCAUUUGGCCAGGUUGUACUAGUCCAAGCUGAGGGGAGAAUUGUUUAUUUAUUCUCGCGUCUUAAGCAUUGAGGCCGGUAAGGCAUAUUGAUGUUGACGAGAUUUGUUUUUUGUCUCUAUGAUGAUUUUUACAACAGGAAAAAAAGCUAUCAAAUUAAUUCCAUUACCAGUGCUAACUGAAUUAUAAUUUUUUUUUUGUGAAAUAUCCACAGAAUGGCAGAGUUAAUAUUGCUUAGAUGAUUCAAGUGUCUGAUGGUGAACUGCAGUACAGCUCUGCGUAGUACAGGCAAGAGGGUGUGUUUCAUUGAGUUAUUUUUAUUAUUGAUUUUUAAUUUCUGAAAUGUUAUUCUAAAAGAAUAGCCCAAAUUCACUCCUCAAGGUAGAUUUUCUCCUCCGACUUGAAAAUCAGAUUGACUACACUUUGUUGCAUCUUUGCCUUGAGCAGCAUGCUUAAUAUUUGUAAUUGAAUAUAUUAAAGAGACGCAGGUCUCAUAAAUUGGUGAUAACUUUCAGAUGUUUAUGACAACAAGUGGGGAUCUCCAAGACCUGUUAGGGCUGCCCAAAUAAGAACUUUAGUCUUUCAUGCUCUCCUGUACAAGCUCUCAGAUUGGGCCUGUAAGUCUUACAACUGGUAGUGUGUAGGCUGCCCCUUCUGUGUGUCAGUGUAGCUUUGAUUCAUGAAUAUCUUUGACACCAGUCUUUUGAACCAUGCCUUUAUCCAUGUAGCUCAAAUCCCAGGAUCAGACCCUGGUAUGAUUUUUGCUUUAAUCCAACAAGGAAGAAUUCUUUAUCUCUUAACGCAUGAUGGAUAUUUUAAAUCUUUGUUAUUUGAUUUAAAAAAGAAAAUAGAACAUGCCUAUUUUUCUUGUUCUUGUGUUAUCAGUAUAGUUUAAAAUUCCCUUUAUACCGUCCAACGUUUUAUUAUUAUUGUUGUUGCAGUGUUCUCUCUAAAUGUUGAUAUCUAUAUGAUGUAUUUAGUUAUAUAUUACAAGCUCUAUAUUACAUGUAAGAGAACGAACGCACUUUGUUGAAAAAGAAUAAGAAAAACAAAAAAAAGAAAUGCAUUUUCCUUCCAUUUUGCUGCUAAACUGGCCUAAUUUGAAUGCUGCAGAGAGUACUUGACUUAAACAACCUGAGCAGGUCAGAGAUGGGUGAGUAGGUCUAAGGGUGAGACGCCUCUGAUGAUCGGGCCCUGUGUGUGUAUGUAGGUGUGUAUGUGUGUAUGUCUGAUGACUCUGAUGUCAUGAAUUCAUUUGCCUUCAGUAGACAUUUCCUAUGGAAAAUCAAAUUCUGCUCUGGGUUCCUCUUCAGGUCGAUGUACAGUGUAGACACAUUUCUUCUGGGGUGUUUCCAGAGAGUGAUAUUGUUAUAUAUUUUUGAAAAGAUAAAUCGAUAAUUGAAAAAAAAGUAAUUUGUACUUGUACGCAGUGGGGGGAAGCUCUGAGAUGCAGCAGAAAACCACGCGUUUUUCCUGUACGUAGCUCAGAAGGAAAUCAAUAUCUCUGUACUGUAUGGCAAAGGCCUUUGCCGCUUUGGGGAACUGAUACUGAAAAGCCUACCUUUUGCCUUUUUUCCCCACCCAUCCAUUUGUUCGAGAAAAAGCUAAAACGUAUGUUUAAAAGUGCAAGUUUAUUCUUUUUUUUUUCUCCAAAAGUAGUGUCGCAGAGGCGAUAUUCUAAUAUCUCCUUUUAAAGUGUUGUCUACAACAAAGCAGACGUACGUGAAAACAAUGUUCGAAUAUGUGCGUUGAGGCUCAGAAACGAAAUCCACCCUUCUGUACAGCAUAGGGAUCGACGGAGAGGACGAGUAGAGGACUUUCCAUGGUGCAUGUUGAUCUCCAUCUGUUUUUUUAUAGGUAGAAAGAUUGGGGCUCGCACUGGGGCGUGUUGUUGCAGGUUUGUUUGUUUUUUUACAUUGAGCUGAAUGGACACAAGCUGUGCAACUUUACAAUAUAUCAGGAGACUCUGUGGCAUUUUAACAGUCAAGGAAAAGGUUGCAAUUCAAAGCCAGUACUCAUUUAAAAUGUUUAUUUCUUAUAUUCUCACAUGCGUUACUAAGAGAAUAAGCUAUUGCAUCACGCUACUAUAUACUUAGUUGAUUCACAUAAAAUUAAUAAAAAAAGGGGCUUCUGUUGCAAAUCAGGGUAAUUUGUCUAAUAUAUAUGUUUGGGUAUGAACAGAACUUUGAAGGAAGGAAUUUUGUCAGACCAUUUGUUUUUGGUUUACCAUAACGUGUCCUCUGGUUUAAAGAACGAACCGAAGAGUCAGUGACAAUUAUAAGAACACGAAGCACAUACCUGUAAUACAACAUUGACUCUGUGAAAAUCACCCAGAUUAAUUCCUUACUUUGUAUCUCCACAGUCUAACAUUGUCUUACAAAAUGUCAUAUUCCUACAAAAUGGUAAACUACUUAUUUGCCUGCUUACUCGUAUUAGCACUUACCGCUUCAAAAGGGAAAGAAAUUGGCUUUCUGCUUCUGAUCUGCCCUGAAUUUUGACCAUAGUUCUCACCAUGUAAUGAAGUCCAGAAAGAUGCUUUUACGUGCCCUGCUAAGGUCUCCUACUGUUCUACGGCAUGAAGGUGUUGGCAGGGCUGUGGUUAGCUAGACACUCGCUCAAAGUCUGCACUCUGUGGAAAAAAUCAGAGACCGAGUGCCGCUCAGACAGACUAUAAGGCUCUAUGUAAGAAUCAUUCCUGAUGUCGCGUUUUAUUUAGCUCUUUAAAGCUUUCAGCAUUUGAAAGUCCCAGUAGUUGACUAUGGACCGAGAGAACCCUGAAAGAUGUUCUAGCUGUGCCCAUGCUCCGGAACACAGUACCAUGGAACCUACGUGGAUAGAAUGGGAACAUGUUACUUUUUUCCCUUUUCAAAAAAAAAAGUAUAUUUGAGAACAACAAAUGGCUAUUGUCCACAUCAGAGGAGACAGUAGGGAUGUGUCUGUCCUUUUCUCGCGCUCUCUCUACUCGACUGAUUUUUGGCAUGCAUGUUCUUCUAGUCAGGUGUCUAGUUUAUGUCUAGGACUUUAGGAUCCUUAUUAGUGCGCUAUGCAGGCUUUUACUCCUUUGAGUAUGGCACCAGGUUUGUGCUGUGUAGUCUCCAGCUGUUUCCUCUCUCCUUGCUUUCUUUUUUGUUGUUUAUUUUGUACAAAAUGAUUUUUUUCAGCUUUAUGGAUUGCUUCCUUUGAGGUAAAUUCUUCUGAUGAGUUUCGUAAAGUUACUCUUUAAGCUCAUCAGGUGAAUCGUGUUUGUUUGUUUUCUUUUGUUUCCUACAGAGAGGAAAAGUCAUAAAGCAUUUUACUGAUGGAAGCUUGUGUUACUGCUAAAUAAAACACCGUUUUUUCAACAUAUUAACCUUGUUGAAUGCUGUAGGCCUUUUUAUUCAGUUUUGUUGUUUGUUUACUUGUUUUGCUUUUUGGGCGCUUAUUUCAUGGACCUAUUUGAAAAAGCUUUUUUAGUGCAACGCUAAGCUCUUGUCAUACUGAUUAAGUGUCUCUUACAAAAAGUGCUCCCACAUGUGAAAUGUUGACUUUCAUAAACUUGUAUACUGUACUACACAAUCUUGCAGAUCAGAAGUUGUUCAGAAGCAUUACAAAAGCAUUCCUACAUAUCAUCACUGCAGAUGUCCCUCCUUGCUUGUAAGAGCCUCUCCUAUGCUCUAAUGUUGUAUGUUGUGUAUAUACUUUUAUUUUUGGUAAUGAAAUCUUUAACAUGAAGCACUUCAAUGCAGAGAGUAUGUGAAAGGCAUGGACACUGUGCAUGCAGAUCAUGCUCAUUUGACCUGUGUGUGUGUGUGUGUGGUCUUUUUUUUUGUUUUGUUAUUUGGACAGAGUUGUUGACAUGAGCGCCUUGUGUCAAGGGCUGCUUGUGUUCAAGGUCGCCGCCCACCGUCUCCAAACAUAACCAAUGAGCACAAGUGUAGAAAGAGGAAAAUUUGUAAAGGGUGCCUCACAUAUUCACAUGCAGUUAAGCUAUCCUUGGCGUUCCAACUAUUUUUAUGAAAGAAUAUAGUACAAACCACAAAAAAACAGCCCAUAUUGCACUCGUUUAUUUUCUUUCCAAAAUGUCCAACAUUUAUUUUUAAUACGAUGCCUGCAAAAUCAGGUGCCUUAUUCAAACCGAUGCGAAUCCAAACUUGAGCUACUUAUACUCUUAAAAAAAAAAAAAAAAAAAAAAAAAGUCUUGACAUUUUUUUAUGGAUACAGAAUUUUCCUCCUCCCGUCAUGCCAAGAAUCUAAACACAAUUUGUUGUGACGUUUUAAAAUUGUAUGGAGUGGUGGUGAACUCUUGCAGAUGGAAACUGUCGCUGCUCUGCCUCUCGCAGGUUCCAUUUAAAUGAUGAAUGUAGUCUUCCUUCAAAGGAUUUAAUUCAAUUUUGAGAGAAGAACUUCUUACUCAAAGAAAUGUCCGGUGUAACAUUGGGUAAGAGGGUUUCCAAAGAGUGCUGCAAUCAUGAUGUAGAUUCAUUUGAGCUGUUUCUGUAGUUUGUGUCCUUUCUGUAAACUUUUUUGUUAUUCUUUUUGUAUUCAUACUCAAAUCUGUAAAUUGGUGCACAAGUUUGAAUUGUUUGAUCGAAUUGUUAUUAUUUGCCUUUUGUACUUGGCCCUCAACUCAGACUUGCCAUGCCAUUAUUCUGUUAACUUUGACAUGUUUUCCUGAGUUUCCACGUCGCUGACAUUGACUUAAGUAGAAAAACAUGAUUCAACGUGAUGAAUUAUUCUUGCUGAGCUACAGCAAUUAGGCCCCGAACUGACUUCCAUGGGUCUGCAGCUUUGAGAUCUCUCCAUUGCAAAAGGUAGAUCUGACCUGCUAAAGACAAUGACAAACCCUCAACAGUUGUGUCCACUCAAACGUUCAAGAUAAUUGUGCCUCUCAAUUCCUUGGUCUCUACUGUGCCGUAGACUGCUGGCUUUUCUCUUUACUCCUGGAGCAGUGUCACACUUACACACAGACACACACACACACAAGCAUCACCCAUUUGCAGAUGGCCUUCAGCAGUCAUUCGUCAUGAACCUUGUUUUUUAUCUGUCCAUGUCAACACGACACAUACUGAGAUGAGCAUUGUUGAAUCCCAGAUCCGAUCAUCCGAACAGGAGACAGCCAUGGAGAGGUGAACUGAGUGCUGGAUUCAGCACCUGGACUGGACUCAAAAGUGGUGCUCAGAGGCCAGCUCCCGGCUCAGUUGGCUUCUAUGGCAGGGUUUUGGAGUGGGCUGUGUCCUGUCUUGUCCUGCCCUGUUUCCAACGACUUCCUGUUAUUCCUCCUGGAAGGUUGGCCUCCGCUUAAUUUUCUUUUUCCUUUUGGAGCAAGUCUGUCAACCCUCAGUCAUAGUGAGAUUUAACACACACGCACAGUGAAAAAAAUUAAAAAAAACUUUCUUUUUGGGGACAUUGGGUAGGAGUUGUGUCUCACCACCCAUGGUGCUGAAUUAAGAGAAAUUAAAUAAAAAAUCCGUACUUGAAAAGCCUUAGUGACUGAGAGCCAGACUUGGCACACCAUUCAUCUUUUUCGGCGCGACUGAGGAAGGCACCACCGUGAUUCCCUGUGGCAGUGGCAGAACCAUUAACUGCUUCUCAUUGCGAUAGACACCAGUGCCAAGGCCUUGCACCGCCACCCCCACAACCCCCCACCCUCACACAUUUGUGAUGGCAGACUGUCAGAGUGACUCUUUUUAGUGGGAACUGGGAGGAAAUGUCAAGGACCUGUUUGGAACGGAAGGCAAAGAGGAAUUCGGAAUGGCAUGGGUGGCUAUGGGCACAGAUUUCUUACCCUGGCACUGAAGUGUUUGGGUCACCCUCCUCUGCACUGGACUCACGUAGACCGACACACAAACAGCCAACCUGUACUGCUAAAACUGGGCGAAAAACUCUCCACUUGUGCACACUCGCAGGCGGACAGACAUACACAUUGCAGUGAUUUACAUUUCCUUCCAAACUUGCCAAAAUUAAACAUAUGGUGUGAGAGCAAAUUUGACCCUCGACAUUAGUUGUGGUUACAGCUAACAAGAACCACUGAAAUCCAUACAACACACUCAAUUCAAGAAAAUUACGAAAAGUCUCACCCAUCCUUUGAGAAUGAAAAAAAAAAUAGGAAAAAAGUCACACGGUAACUCAUGAUCUUGAUGUAAUGCUUCUGAUGUUGUAUGGUAAACUUCUAGGUAAUUUAGCAUGGGAUCUUUACGUAGCUAGUACUGUGUGCGUAUCCCCCAAGUGUAAAAUCUCUUGUCACCUUAGGAAGGCUGUAUUUCAUUGCUAAGUGCUCUGUUCUAGAACUCUUGGUGAAAUUCUUAAGCAAAUCUGCAGAAGUGUAUCCUGCUGACUUUAACAUUAACUUGAUCCUAUUAGCAAUGUCUAUAUUUGUAGUUCACAUAUAUGCCUGUUCAAAUACAAUAUCUUGACAGUUGUUAUAUUUAUGUUUAAAUGUUGUGCUGGGUUUAUACUUUUGAUGUUCUUCUCUUGGUUUCUUUUAUUUUCCAUUUUGUUUUUGAUUCUUCAUAUUUUGAGGCAUAAUUCGUUGGAGACUUCAUCUAGAUCAUUGAGCUUUGUAAAUGUCCAGACGUGAAGUAGGCUUUAGAGACUCAGUUGUGAUUUGAUUUUGAAAAGAUGUCUGCUUGUAUAAUUGUGCCUCAUUUUUUGUUUGUUUGUUUGUUUUUGUUUUCUAUUAUUAUCCUUAAUUAUGUCACACCAUUGUAUCAGCCCGGAGUUGGUACCACAGUUUUGCUUGUAACCAUGAUAGUCUAAUACUGUUAUUGAUUUUAAUAUGAAAAUAAACAUUAGAAACCAUA